UCGGCUAGUUGAUUGGCCGACAUUAACAAUUUGCCAUUCCAUUCUUCCGCCCUCGAGAGGGUUUAUGAAGUUAUAGACAGACUGUCACUGAUUGAUAUUUAAAUUUAUGUGAGAAACUCAUAAAAUACUCCGAGUGUUAAAUGACGGAAGACAGAAGCGGCAGCGACCACGAGUCACCCGCAGAAAUGGCGGCAUCCUCAGAGAACGUCAUCAUGCUGCUGGACGAUGACGAGGAUUCCAUGAGGUUGCUGUCGAGACAUACAGCCUUGCUAGCACUUAUGAACAAGACAGGAUAUGACAUCGUGCAGGAGAAUGGACAGAGGAAGUAUGGCGGGCCUCCGCCAGACUGGGAGGGCCCAGCACCGCGGGACUGUGAGGUGUUUGUGGGCAGCAUUCCUAGAGACGUGUAUGAAGACGAGCUGGUUCCUUUGUUUGAGACAGCCGGAACCAUCUAUGAGCUGAGGCUGAUGAUGGACUUCAAUGGAGAGAACCGUGGCUACGCCUUUGUUAUGUACACCCAAAGAGAGGAAGCACUCAAAGCGAUCCAGAUGUUGAACAACCAUGAAGUGCGUCCGGGGAAGUUCAUUGGCGUAUGCGUCUGUCUGAAUAACUGCCGCCUCUUCAUCGGCUGUAUUCCCAAAGACAAGAGCAAGGACGAGAUCUUGGACGAGCUCCUCAAGGUGACAGACGGUGUGCUGGACGUCAGCGUGUACCCUACAGACAACAGCAAAAAUGGAGGUUUUGCAUUCGUGGAGUAUGAGACCCACAAAGCGGCGGCGGUGGCCCGCAAGAAGUUUGUCAGUGGAGCACAGCUGUGGGGACACACCCACUGGGUGAACUGGGCCAAGCGGUACAAACGCCGCGACGACAUGGAUAGACAGUAUGCUAGAGUUGCCCAUGUACGUAAACUCGUGCCAAACACCACACAGGAAGUGACGCUGGCCAAGCCCAGUGACAAGGGUGGAAAGAGGAAUGGUGGCAAGGGCAACCUGGGAAGUAAGACGGGAGGAGGAGGAGCUAAGGGGGCAGUUAUCCCGCGCCAAGGAUGUAUUAAUGACAGCUCCCCUCUGAAGGGCAAGAAACUUCCCCCCCAUCCCAAUCAGAGUCCCCAGUCCUUUGCAGAACCAGAUGCUGACGGGAACAUGUUGCCGCUCUUUCCCGGCACGCAGCUCACCCGCACCAGCCUGCAGCUGCUGCAGCUGUGUCAGAUCAGGUCAGCCGUUAGCCUGCUGGACCUGUAUUGCUGCAUGCACUUCUGGCCCCCUCCCGAUUACCAGCUCUUCUCUACUCUGGGUCAGGAUGGGAGUCUGCUGCUGGUCUACAAGGUGGUGAUGCCGCUGACAAAAAACACCUUCAUACCAGACAAGUUAUGUGUACUGCUUGAUGAUGCUAAAGAGCUAGCUGCAUGGAACGCACUGUGGAACCUCGAUGCGUCCUUCAUGACUCGUCUGUCAUCCAGUAAAACCUCCUCUACACACAGCACCGCCACCAUUACUUCCUUUCUUGGCAUAACCUCCCCAUUCCCGCAGCCCCCCGUGGUUUUAUCUCCGCUACAGAGCCACUACCUGACCUCCUGGGGGUCUUUUUACUGAUGGUGCGAUACACGCUUGUUUACGCACAUUGAAUGUUUUAUUCAGAAUGCCUCAAGGCACGUUGAAUGCUGUUUUUGUUCCAUGGAAAAUGAAUGUUCCUCACUUGUUGAGAGAAGACUUGGAUGAAACACAAACACACACACAUAGCCCGAAUACACAUUGACAUGCAUAUGAUAAAAAGUUAUUAGAGUUGUGUAGUACAUGUCAAAUGUUCUUUAGAGUUCGAUGAAAUAUUAAAGAACAUUUUCAAACUCUUGUUAUUUGUUGUUGACCAGAAGGGGGCGACAGAUCGUAAGUGCAAAUAGAAAACAAUGGUCCGCAAACUUUUCUCAGUCCUUUACUCCUUCAGACAUUUGACCCCCAGCCAUGUACCUACAUGCCGCACACAUCAAGUCAAACCUAUAACUGUGGAUUAUGUCUCAACAAAUUGAAGUAUUUAGUCAAUUACCACCAUUUUCUUUUACUAGUUCAAUUUUUUUUAAUGAAUAGUAAACACACUACCAAACGUUUAUAAAACAGCGUUAUCUGUCUCUAUUUCUCUCUCUCUCUGUCUGUCACUCUCUGGGAAAUCAGUUUGCCUUGGUACAUGUUGCCCAGUUGUGGUCUCACAUGCUGCGUUUCUGUGUGCACCUGAAGGUCAUGUCCACCAUGACGACUUGUGGCAUGAUGUGGAUGAUGUACUGUAUGUAGCAGUGGUGGGCCUAAACACUAUCAAAUACACUAACCUACAGAGGCACUACAACUACAAUUUACAUUCUAGUAUUUGUUUCAUGAAAUUGUAUGAAUUUAGAGUCUGUCUUUAUUUCGUAGCGUGUCUCUUGGCUGCACUGCCUCCAAUAUGUGUAUGUGUAUGUUAGAUUCUUUGGGCUAAUCAUAUUUCAGCUUCUAUGUGUUGUCAUGUCAAUGUAAUCUGCCUAGGGCCGUCAGAAUCAGUAGUGCUGCCCAAUGUCACUUAAACUCUAUGAGUAAUGGGGCUGUUUCUUUUAGAUUUCAUAUUCGCCUCACAAAGGGGGCUACCUGGCCCACAUUAACUUCUGGUAAUUUUCUGUCCUCUUAUUGGUUGAUGAGAGCACUGUUCGACAAAAAGUCUGUUGCGAUCUGGAAAGGAGGAUGGAUUUUGUUUAUAAAUAAUCAGCAUCUCGGACUCGAGCAACGGCCGCCUCCACCUUGUGUUCUCUGGGAGGUGUGGUGAUGGGCCAUCAGUCUGACCUCCAGAGCAACUUUGAGGCCAAAUGGGUGAGGCCAUGCGGGAGGGUAAUGCAAUGCUGUUUAUUCAUUAUGUGUUGUGUCUAAACAUAGAUAAGCACAAUAUCACUGAGGUUCUUGGUAAGACAUUCGACCGUGUUCCUCAAGGAAUUCUGUGGGGAGUACUCCGGGAAUAUCGGUUACCGGACCAUCUAAUUCAGGCGGUUCGUUCCCUGUAUGACCGGUGUCAGAGUUUGGUUCGCAUUGCUGGCAAUAAGUUGGACCUGUUUCAAAUGAGGGUUGGACUCCGCCAGGGCUGCCCUUUGUCAUCGAUUCUGUUCAUUACUUUUAUGGACAGAGUUUCAAGGCGCAGCCAGGGCGUUGAAGGGUUCCAGUUUGGUGGCUGCAGGAUUGGGUCUCUGCUUUUUGCAGAUGAUGUGGUCCUGCUGGCUACAUUGAGCCAUGAGCUUCAACUCUCACUGGAGUGGUUCGCAACUGAGUGUGAAGCGGCUGGGAUGAGAAUCAGCACCUCCAAGUCCCGAGUCCAUGGUUCUUGCUCGGAAAAGGGUGGAGUGCCAUCUCCGGGUCGGGGAUGAGAUCCUGUCCAAGUAGAGGAGUUUAGGUACCUCUGGGUCUUGCUCACAAGUGAGGGAAGGAUGGGAUGCAAGAUCGACAGGUGGAUUGGUGCAGCGUCUGCAGUGAUGUGGUGAGGAGGGAGCUGAGCCGAAAGGCAAAGCUCUCAAUUUACCGGUCGAUCUACGUUCCUAUCCUCACCUAUGGUCAUGAGCUUUGGGGAGUGACCGAAAGGACAAGAUCGCAGGUGAAGCAGCCGAAAUGAAUUUUUUCCGUAGGGUGGCUGCGCUCUCCCUUACAAAUAAGAUGAGAAGCACUGUCAUUUGGGAGAAGAUUGGAAAAGAACCGCUUCUCCUUCGCAUUGAGAGGAGCCAGAUGAGGUGGCUUGGGCAUCUGGUUGGGGUGCCCCCCGUUUGCAUCCCAGGGGAGGUGUUCAGUGCACGUCCAACUGGUACGAGGCCUCGGGGAAGAUCCAGCACACGUUGGAGAGACUAUGUCUUUCAACUAGCCUGGGAACGCCUUGGGAUCCACUGUGAGGAGCUGGAUGAAGUAGCUGGGGAGAGGGAAGUCUGGGCUUCCCUGCUUAGGCUGCUGCCCCCGCGACUCAACCUCAGAGCAGAAGAAGAUGGUUGGAUGAAUGGAUGGAUGGUCUUGGUAAAAUGACUACAAGUUGUGAAAGCUUAAAGUAAAGGAAGGACUACCAACAACACACUUCUGGCCUUAACAAUAAAAACGCUGCAUGUUAAAUUUUGUCUGGCUGCACUGAACUAACAAAAGUGGCUUCCAGAAUCAUCAAAUUAAAAGCACAAAAUGAAUACAGACUCACGAUUGGUACGAAGCUGGAGUUUGUUUUGCUGAGAGGAGAUGAUCAGAUUGUUGUUUGAUAUGGGUGACCGGCAGUGUGCUAGCAUGAAUUAACUUGACACAGAACAAAAUAUGAACACUGACACUCACAUACACAUAAUAACGCCAUCAAAGCUCACCUUUGUGCAUCCACACAGCAUCAGCAUUUGGGAAAAAUAUAAGUCUAUUUGUGAAAGCAUCACACAACGUUAUAACUCACUUUGCCUCGGGGCACACAACUGUGGUGCUUUCAAGGACCGCUGGGUAGUAUAUUGUAGU